AUGGCCGCCUUUUUCCAGAAGCAGCAGCAGGUCGCGGCGCUGGAUCCCCGCCUCGGCGGGCUGAUGGCCAGCGCAGGCCUGUACAAUCUGCGUGCUUUGAUCAAAGGCGUGCGUGCGUGCAAAACCCUCGCGGACGAGCGGUCGCUGCUGCAGAAAGAGAGCGCUGCGAUCCGCACCUCGUUCAAGGACGACGAUGCGUUUUUGCGGUACAACAACCUGUCGAAGCUGUUGUACAUCCACAUGCUCGGCUACCCCGCGCACUUUGGGCAGAUGGAGUGCCUGAAGCUCGUGGCGUCGCCGCGCUUCACGGACAAGCGCCUCGGCUACCUUGGCAUCAUGCUCUUGCUGGACGAGAACGCCCAGGUGCUGAUGCUCGUGACCAAUGGGCUGAAGAACGACAUGAACCACUCGAGCAUGUUUGUCGUGGGCCUCGCGUUGUGCACCUUUGCCAACAUCGCCUCGGAGGAAAUGUCCCGCGACCUCUGCAACGAGAUCGAGAAGCUGAUGGGCAGCGCCAACUCGUACAUUCGCAAGAAGGCCGCGCUGUGUGCCAAGCGCAUCGUGCGCAAGGUGCCGGACCUCGUCGACCACUUCCGCGAGCGCUCGCUCCAGAUGCUCAGCGACAAGAGCCACGGCGUGCAGCUCUGUGCGCUGAGCCUCGCCAUCCAGAUCUGCGAGACGGAGCCCGCGGCGAUCUCCGACUACCGCCGCGCGACGUCGGCGCUGGUCGCGACGCUCAAGAACCUCUUGUCGACCUCCUUUUCACCGGAACACGACGUGGCAGGGAUCACCGAUCCGUUCCUGCAGACCAAGAUCCUGCGGUUCCUCCGUGUGCUUGGGCGCGAGAGCCCAGAGGUGUCCGAGGCGAUCAACGACAUCCUCGCGCAGGUCGCUACCAACACCGAGGCAAGCAAGAAUGUCGGCAACGCGAUUCUCUACGAAUGUGUCUUGACCAUUCUCGAGAUCCAGGCGGAUUCUGGCCUGCGUGUAAUGGCGAUCAACAUCCUCGGCAAGUUCCUUGGCAACCGCGACAACAAUAUCCGCUACGUGGCACUUAACACGUUGAACAAGGUCGUCUCGAUCGACACCAACGCCGUGCAGCGCCACCGUGCGACGAUCCUCGAGUGUCUCCGCGACGCGGACAUCUCGAUCCGGCGGCGCGCGCUCGAACUGACCUACACGCUGAUCAACGAGAGCAACGUCACGGCGCUCAUGCGCGAGCUCCUCUCCUUCCUCGAGGUCGCAGACGUUGAGUUCAAGCUGAACCUCACGACGCAAAUGUGCGUCGCCGCCGAGCGCUUUGCGCCGAACAAGCGCUGGCACAUUGACACGAUGCUGCAUGUGCUCCGCGUCGCGGGCAACUACAUCCGCGACGAGGUGCUCGGCUCGUUCAUCCGCCUCGUGUGCCACACGCCCGAGCUCCAGGGCUAUACCACGCAGCGCCUGUACGCUGCGCUGCACAACGACCUCUCGCAGCACUCACAGACGCUCGCGUCGGUGUGGGUGCUCGGCGAGUUUGGCGAGACGCUCCUGGAGCUCGGCUCGUUUGACGACGACGGCACGCGCCGCGACGUGAGCGCCAAGAGCGUCGUUGACCUCCUCACCUCGCUCCUCGACUCGAUCUACGCCGACGAGGUGGCGCGCGAGUACGUCCUGACGGCGCUCGCCAAGUUUUACACGCGCAUUGGCGACCGUGUGCAGCAGGAGCGCAUCGUGAGCCUCUUUGCGCAGUAUAGCGACGCGGUCGACGUCGAGUCUCAGAAGCGCGCGAUCGAGUACCGCGCGCUCCUCCAGCGGGGCGAGAUCCGCGCCGGCGUCCUCGAGACGAUGCCGCUUCCCGAGAUCCGCCAGACGAUCCUCGGCGCAGUGAGCGAGACGAAGCCGGUCGGCUCGACGCGCGCCGACCAGGACGCGCUGCUCGAUCUGGCGGGCGGCGACGCUGCGCCGCCCGCCGCGGCGCCGAAGCAAAACACGCACGAGCUGCUUGCCGACAUCUUUGGUGGCGGCGAUGCGCCGCCCGCCGCGGCUGCGCCGCAGAAGUCGUCUACGAGCGACAUUCUCGGCCUGUUUGACGCGCCCACGCCACAGCCCAGCGCGAGCGUCGCGCAGACGACCUCUGCCCUGCAGGACCUCGACAUCUUUGGCGAGAGUGCGCCGGCUGCCCCGACGCCGCCCGAGCAAGAGGCAUACAAUAGCCAUGGCGUGCGCGUCGCCUUUCGCGUGGACAAGAGCACGGCACAAGAGGUGCACCUCCAGGCGCGCUUCGCCGCGCAGCAGCCCAUCUCGGGCCUGUCGUUCCAGGCGGCGGUGCCCAAGAGCCAAAAGCUGCAAAUGUUCCCGAUCACCUCGUCGAGCAUCGGCCCCGGCGCCGAGGCGACGCAGGCGAUGCAGGUGACGGGCGCGAUCACGGGCCCGCUGCGCCUGCGUAUCCGCCUUGCGUUUACUACGGAGAGCGGCGAAGCGGUGCGCGAGCAGGUCGACUGGACGCAACGUGCAUAG